AUGAACGACCUCCGCAGCUAUGAUCUAUAUACCUCCCUCGUAUCCCACAGCGACUCGAUCACCUCUGCAUCCAACACCCUCACUGAGGGAACAGCUAUAGCCCUCUCCACGGCUCUGUUGCACCCGCUAGACUCGAUACUCACCCGCCUACAAGUCCGAUAUGCCUCCCAGCACCACAAUAAGAAGAAGGGCAACCGAACCCGUACCAGGAAGCCACUAGAUGUCCUGGGCGAUAUAGUUGACCUAGCAGCCGAGAAUGUCAAGGAUGCAGAGGGUAGAGCGGUGCUAUACGCCGGCCUGCGUGAAGCAAUAUGCAAGCAGAUGGUGGAGAACAUGCUUGUUCCAGCUGUUUAUGCAGCAUUGCAUGCUCGACGGCUCAACCUCGGACGGACAGUUGGGAACGAACAGGUCCUCUCCCUCGUCUCAAUGGCAUUGGUCAAGCUGUUUACCGAACCUCUGGGGACGAUCAUGGUGCGCAGACAAGUUACGGGGUCUAGCACUCGGUCUGUCGUGGAUGAUGUACUGCGCCAGAAAGGUGUGGGAGGGCUAUGGUCUGCGUAUGGGGCUACGUUGGUGCUGUGUGUGAGAUCAUGUGUCUUGCCAGUGGUGUAUUUGGCGCUACGCAGAAGGUUGGGCAUGAAGGGAGGGGGACUACUGGGCAUGCUUGUUCUAAGGGCCAUUGCUGAAAGCGUUGUGUAUCGACUUGCUGUUCUGCAGUACUGUGCGAGGGCGGGUGUGAAGGCAGUUGGCAAAGGAAGUAAGCUUGGUUUUACCUACAUGAAUGAUUAUACUAUCUGUGUGCUAAUGGGUUAUCUAGGCCUGCUGCUGGAAGUGAUACGCACCCUGUCCAGCCAGGGAGUGACGACCGUGACGUCUGACAUUGUUGCUGUGGCGAUGAUGCGCUUGUCUGCUGUUAUGUUGUACAUGCUUGAACCGUUCCUGCUGUCUGAACAAGCCAUUACAGACUCGGUUCGAGAGAAUGUGGAUGCAGGAGCGAAUCAGCCGCUGCUUGACGAUGCAAAGUAUAUGAACAACGCCGUUAAGCGAGCUAUCAGCAUCGUGAACCGCGGAAUCGGCCUGGCGAGUCAUGGCAGGGAUGAUGUUGCUGUUGCUGAGCUCGUGGGUGACUACGUCGAGGACGGCCCGGAAGAUGGAUAG